AUGAACUCGAUCUUGAACGAAUUUAAGAGCACUUCCGCGUUAUGUGAAGAAGAACUUCACGACAGUUUGUAUGACUGGGACACAGCUAAUGGAUUCGCGUUGCCUACGUUCGAGUUUCCCGCCGUUCAUAACCUAAAUAGAUUUAUGAAAGAUAUAACGUCCGCGUCUGCACCCUGUCAGAUAGAAAUACAGCACGGAACUACCACGUUGGCCUUCAAAUUUAAAAGUGGCGUGAUUGUGGCUGCUGAUUCUAGAGCAUCGCAGGGAAACUAUGUUUCCACUUCGUCUGUGAAAAAAAUCAUAGAAAUUAAUCCCUUUCUUCUGGGAACAAUGGCUGGCGGUGCCGCCGAUUGUACUUUUUGGCAAAGAGAACUUGGGCGACAGUGUCGACUAUACGAGUUGAGAAACAAAGAGCGCAUCUCGGUAGCAGCAGCGUCCAAAUUGCUCGCUAAUAUGAUCUACAGAUACAAAGGAAUGGGUUUGUCAAUGGGUACGAUGGUAACAGGCUGGGAUAAGACGGGUCCCAAAAUUUUCUAUGUUGAUUCUGACGGCACUCGGGUGGAUGGCGAGCUAUUCUCUGUUGGGUCCGGAUCGCCAUUUGCAUAUGGUAUUAUUGAUAACGGAUUUGACUUUGAUCUUGAUGUACCGAGUGCGAUUGAUUUAGGAAAACGAGCUAUUUAUCAUGCCACCCACCGAGAUGGUGCUUCCGGAGGAACCGUUAAUUUAUAUCAUGUGAAACCAGAUGGAUGGGCUCGCAUCGGCCGAUGGGAUGUAGAAGACUUACACUGGGAAUUCCAGGAUCAACCAAAACCAUCACCCAUCAAUUCUUCAGUAAUCGGAUGA